GCUAUGGAGAGGAGGAGGAAGAUGGCGGGAGGGCGGCUCUGAGGAGACCUCGGCGGCGGCGGAGGAGGAGAGAAGCGCAGCGCCGCGCCGCGCCGGGGCCCAUGUGGGGAGGAGUCGGAGUCGCUGUUGCCGCCGCCGCCGCCGCCGCCGCCUGUAACUGCUGGACCCGAGUGGGAGUGAGGGGGAAACGGCAGGAUGAAGUUCGCCGAGCACCUCUCCGCGCACAUCACUCCCGAGUGGAGGAAGCAAUACAUCCAGUAUGAGGCUUUCAAGGAUAUGCUGUAUUCAGCUCAGGACCAGGCACCUUCUGUGGAAGUUACAGAUGAGGACACAGUAAAGAGAUAUUUUGCCAAGUUUGAAGAAAAAUUUUUCCAAACCUGUGAAAAAGAACUUGCCAAAAUCAACACAUUUUAUUCAGAAAAGCUCGCAGAGGCUCAGCGGAGGUUUGCUACACUUCAGAAUGAGCUUCAGUCGUCACUGGAUGCGCAGAAAGAAAGCACUGGUGUUACUACUCUGCGCCAACGCAGAAAGCCAGUCUUCCACUUGUCCCAUGAGGAACGUGUCCAACAUAGGAAUAUUAAAGACCUUAAACUGGCCUUCAGCGAGUUCUACCUCAGUCUUAUCCUGCUGCAGAACUAUCAGAAUCUGAAUUUUACAGGGUUUCGAAAAAUCCUUAAAAAACAUGACAAGAUCCUGGAAACAUCUCGUGGAGCAGAUUGGCGAGUGGCUCAUGUAGAAGUGGCCCCAUUUUAUACAUGCAAAAAAAUCAACCAGCUCAUCUCGGAAACUGAGGCUGUAGUGACCAAUGAACUUGAAGAUGGUGAUAGACAAAAGGCUAUGAAGCGUUUGCGUGUCCCUCCUUUGGGAGCUGCUCAGCCUGCACCAGCAUGGACUACUUUUAGAGUUGGCCUAUUUUGUGGAAUAUUCAUUGUACUGAAUAUUACCCUUGUGCUUGCCGCUAUAUUUAAACUUGAAACAGAUAGAAGUAUAUGGCCCUUGAUAAGACUCUAUCGGGGUGGCUUUCUUCUGAUUGAAUUCCUUUUUCUACUGGGCAUCAACACAUAUGGUUGGAGACAGGCUGGAGUAAAUCAUGUGCUCAUCUUUGAACUUAAUCCAAGAAGCAAUUUGUCUCAUCAACAUCUCUUUGAGAUCGCUGGAUUCCUUGGGAUAUUGUGGUGCCUGAGCCUUCUGGCAUGCUUCUUUGCUCCAGUUAGUGUCAUACCCACAUAUGUGUAUCCACUUGUCCUUUAUGGAUUUAUGGUUUUCUUUCUUAUCAAUCCCACCAAAACUUUCUAUUAUAAAUCCCGGUUUUGGCUGCUUAAACUGCUGUUUCGAGUAUUUACGGCCCCCUUCCAUAAGGUAGGCUUUGCUGAUUUCUGGCUGGCCGAUCAGCUGAACAGCCUGUCAGUGAUACUGAUGGACCUGGAAUAUAUGAUCUGCUUCUACAGUUUUGAGCUCAAAUGGGAUGAAAGUGAGGGCCUGUUGCCAAAUGAUUCAGAAGAACCAGAAAUUUGCCACAAAUAUUCAUAUGGUGUGCGGGCCAUUGUUCAGUGCAUUCCUGCUUGGCUUCGCUUCAUCCAGUGCCUGCGCCGAUACCGAGACACAAAAAGGGCCUUUCCUCAUUUAGUUAAUGCUGGCAAAUACUCCACAACUUUCUUCACGGUGACGUUUGCAGCCCUUUACAGCACUCAUAAAGAACGGGGUCACUCAGACACUGUGGUGUUCUUUUACCUGUGGAUCGUGUUUUGCAUCAUCAGCUCCUGCUAUACUCUGAUCUGGGAUCUAAAGAUGGACUGGGGUCUCUUUGAUAAGAAUGCCGGAGAAAACACCUUCCUCCGGGAAGAGAUUGUAUACCCUCAAAAAGCCUAUUACUACUGUGCCAUCAUAGAGGAUGUGAUUCUACGCUUUGCUUGGACUGUCCAAAUCUCAAUUACCUCCAUGACUUUGUUGCCUCAUUCUGGGGACAUCAUUGCUACUGUUUUUGCUCCCCUUGAGGUUUUCCGGCGAUUUGUGUGGAACUUCUUUCGCCUGGAGAAUGAACAUCUGAAUAACUGUGGUGAAUUCCGUGCUGUGCGGGACAUCUCUGUGGCCCCUCUCAAUGCAGAUGAUCAGACACUCCUAGAGCAGAUGAUGGACCAGGAGGACGGGGUACGAAACCGCCAGAAGAACCGGCCUUGGAAGUACAGCCAGAGCAUAUCCUUGCGCCGGCCUCGCCUUGCUUCUCAAUCCAAGGCUCGUGACACUAAGGUAUUGAUAGAAGACACAGAUGAUGAAGCUAACACUUGAAUCCUCUGACGUCUAGAUUAACAUCCCUGGUUUUCCUACUCUACAAUCCUUUCCUCGACCAACGCCACCUCUAGUACCUUUCCAGCUGAAAACAGGAGAAGACACAUAACACAUUUUCCGAGCUCUUCCAGAUCGGAUCCUAUGGACUCCAAACAAGCUCACUGUGUUUCUUUUCUUUUCUUCUGGUUUAAUUUUCAUUUUCUAUUUUUAAAACAAAUAUUUACUUCAUUUUGCCAAUCAGAGGACAUUUUAAGGAACAAAAACAUAGUAUCUUAUGGAUUGUUUACAAUCAUAAGGACACAGAUACCUAUCAGGAUGAAGAACAGGCAUUGCGAGGACCCUCUGAUGGGACGGUACCGAGAUACUUCGGCUUCCGCUCGGCCCGGUUUUGACUGGUUGAAACCGGACAUUGAUUUUUAAAUUUUUUGUCAGUUUAUGUGGAGAAUUUUUUCCUUUCCUUCAUACCCAGCGCAAAAGCACUGGCCGCACUUGCAGGGAAAGUGCAACUUAGAGCAGUACCUUCAUUCACGAAGCUACUUUUUAAUUUGAUGUAACUUUUCUUAUUUUGGGGAGGGUUGCUGGGUGGGUGGGAUAUAUGAUGUAUUUGUUACAUAUAGUUUUCUCAUUAUUUAUGAAACUUAACCAUAAAAGAAUGAUAUAACUCCUGUGCAAUGAAGGUGAUAACAGUGAAAGAAGACAGGGGAAACUAUUGUUGGACAGCAUUUAUGAGGGUUUAGUCCACAAUACCUCUUUCAUGAGACAACUUGCACCAGUUUGACUUUUUCUUUUCUUUCUUUUUAAUUUUAAGCCAAAGUUUUAUUACAGAUUUUUUAAGUUGCUGCUGCUUUAGAAUCCUGAGCAUGUCUCUCAUAGCAGAGUAUCCACACACUUCCACACAACCAGUUGAAAUUUACUUAAGAGGUCUGAUGCCUUUUUUUUUUUUAAGAACAGAUAUAGAAUACAUUUGCCCAUGUUCCAGCCAUAACAACUGAAGUUAUGCCUUAUCAAGCUUCAGCAUGUAGGGUAAUUGAAGUAAUAACCUUUACUUAUUCUGAAUUAGAAGACAGAGCUAUUUCAGAGACCCUCUCCACCCCCAUUGGAUAAUUUUUCUUCUGGGCUCACUUACUUUAGCCAGAAUUUGCUCAAAUUAAAAGUCUGUCUUGGGGAAACCAUAUUUUUGAGAGCAAAGAACAAAUUAUCCUUCCUCUUCCACUUUACACUGAUUAAAACAGACCUUGGCAGCCAUUUCUCCCAGCAGUUUUAAAGGUUGAACAUUGGAUUUCAUGCCCUCCUAUGAUAGAAAACCUGCUUUUAAGAUCUUUUGGGUCUAAACAUGGUCAUACACAAAAAGUGUAUUUCUUAGACAUUUCAGACUAUCAUGGUCUGUACAAUGCCCAUUUUCACUUCUUUGUCUGUUUCUUUCCUGUGGUUCUGUCAUCCACAUAAGCCCAAAAACCAUAAGGGAUUUUACUUCCUUGAAUGUGGUUGACAUUAAAUUUAGCAUUUCAUUAUCUAACAAAAUUAAUAUAAAUACUAGUAAAAAGUAAAGUUUUAAGCCUCCCUUUCCCCCAAAUGCAGAUGAAGAUUCCAGAGUCAGCAUCAGUGGAUUCAUGCAAGUAAAUUGCUGUUGUUGUUCAGCUUAACUUUAGACAGAGGAACAAAUGAGUGAAAGGGCAGCUAUCAUCACUUACUUAGUCUUAGAAACAUGUGGUUACUGCCCCUUAAUAUACCCCUUUUGUCAUCAGCUCUUCUCCUGUGUAUCACAAGUCUUUACUCAUCCCUGUCAUAAUUCCAGUAGAUUAUAUUAAAGUUACUGUUACUACCAAAAUUCUAUCAGUUAACUGAUAGUUUCUUUUUAAAGGAGUUUCUUCUAUCUUUAUUUUGACAAGCUUCCAAAAUGUAUUCCCUUUCUGAAUUGAGGUGUUUUUUUUUCCUAAAAAGUCAUACAACUUUGUGGCUUUUAUUGCUUUUUUGUGUUUUGCCAAGUAUGUUCCUUGGCCCAAAACUGAAGAGAAAAAGUUUAAUUACUUUUUUUUUUUAGUUUAAAUAAAUUGAAUCAUUUACAAUAAUCAGCGGUAACAAUUUAGUGACCCUUAAUAGAUUAAAGGUUGCAUUAUUUAUAUUGGGGAUUUUUUUUAAAAAAACUAUUCUGUUUUUGUACUUUAAAACUAUGGGGGAAUAUCACUGGUCUGUCAAGAAAUAGCAUUAAUCAUUACUGAGUUAUAUAAAUAAGUCCAGUGGACCAGUCAUUUUUUUGUACAAAUAAAAUUGGUGGUACUAAUUGUGUAUGCAGAGCAAUCUGAAUUGUCAACUUCAUUCUCUAUUAGUAAACCUAUAUAAUGACACACAUAAAAUCUUACAGUUGACUCCUAGUAUUUGAACUCCCCAGUGUUUUUACGUUAGUGUAUCCUGUGGCCAAUUUAGUCUUUCUUCUACUGUUAUGAUUCCAGAUGUUAUUCACUAUUAUUUCAUAGAUUAUACAGUGGUAGAAUGUAUUCCUUUCCUGUGUUUGUCCUAUUAGCAUAGUCCAUUCAAGAGUAAGGCUUAUGUAACUUUCAGCUUACCAUUACAGAUGUUCAAAUAUGUAUUGAAACACACGGCUUUAUCUUCUUCCUAAAGCUGUAAAGAGAGACGAAGAGGGCUUUUCCUCAUCAAGAGGAAAUAGUCUGGGAGACAGAGUGUACAUUUAAAUUUUUUCCUCCAAAAAAGGCAAUGUACAUUUUUCUCUCCUAAAUUUUAUAUGCCCUGGCUACCCUACCUACGAUUUUGUUGGAGACUCCACUACACUGAAACUCUUAAUAGAACUCUUAGGAAAUGAACAUCACAGUCGUUUUAAAGGAGUAACAGUCUAACUAAAGGUAAAACUUAUCUGAUUUUAGCUUUAUCUAGUUGUAUUUUGUUUGAGAAUCACUCAGUUUAUAAUGUCAGUUAAAAUGCUCCCCAAAGGAAUGAAAAGAAAGUAUAAAUAAAAGAAUAAAGUUCAUUUUUCAUUUUAUGAUAGAUAGUAUAGAAAGCAUUGAUGUGUGUAGAAAAAUUAGAAGACAAAAGUGGCUUAUUUUCUGUGCACAAAUAUGUGCCUGUAUGUAAGGCUACCUAUACCGUUAAAAUGGAAUAGUUGAUAAUUUCAUACCAUACAGAGAGACAAUAAAGUGAUCAAAGAUUAAGUCAUCAUUGAUCAGGUCAUAAUGGUUAUUUUUGGAGUUGAGAAGAAGUUGAAAACCUACGUGCAACUGUCUUUUCCAGCAUCUGCCAGUUUUCUCCUUAAGAAAGCUGCUAACUUCAGAUUCAGAAGCAGUGAUAUGAGAAGAGAACGUCAGUCACCCCCGCAGUAACCUAUGUAGACCCUUAAAGAAGGAAAAUAGAGCCCAGCCCCUGGGAUCCGUGACUUCCUGAUAUUCUCAACAUAAGAGUUCUAAUAUUUUAACUGAGAUUUUACUAGAAGUAACUUGUUGAUAUAUUGUCUCCUUCCACCAUGGUUUGACCCAAGUACAGUCAUGAUAACUGAAGAAAGCAGUUCAUUAUUUCUUAACAGGUGAAUUAAGGCAAGUUAAGAACAGAAAAAUGUAACCUCUUAUUGAGUCAUACAGAUAUCAGAUUAACAGACAUUUAGUUGAAGAGAAAUAAAAUAGCUGUGGAAAUAGCAGAGAAGAGCAAGAGGAUGUUGGACCUUGGCAGUGGAAGCCAGGGCACUUAGGAAAGUAUGUGAACUUGAUGGCGUGGAGGUGAUGCCUACUGUCUCUCCUUUCAGUGGAGUAUGUUGCUGGUAGAGACCUGCCUUUAUUUUCCUAUCAUUUCUCUCCAUUACUUUCCUUACGCAGGAAAAUUGCAAUUUUCUAAGCAAUGACUAGAAAAAUUUCUUAGUGUAAGGAAAAUAAUUUAGAGAAUAACCCUGUCCGUGGCAUUAUUUUAUUCAAAAACUUAGGACUCUCUGAAGUGAUUGUACUUUAUUUGGUAAAAAAAAUUUUGGAUUAUUAUUGCUUUCUUUAAUAGUUUUCAUGAAAUUUGCCUAACUCUCAAAAAAUAAAGACUUUUUACUAUAUAACAUAUUUAGAUGUUUUAAAUUGAUAGCCUCUCAGAUUUAAAAAAUAAUCAUGUUGUAUCUAUGGCUUUCUCAACUACAAAAUCGCCAUAAUUUUCUCAAAUCAUUUUAAAAGCCAGUAUCAUUAUAGAUAAAAUCUAUAGUUACUAGGGUAAGACAAUAUAAGUUCUGGUAGAACUUUGGGAAAAAAGUAAAGAAUAAAUCAAAUUUGUCAGCUUAGUUCAUUUUCUUUUUAUGGUGCAUGUAAACUUUAUUUCUAAUGAUGAUUAGCCGAAGCCUGGAGAGUUAAAAUGAGAUUUUAAAAUGAGAUAAAUUACUAAAACAUGUGCAUUUCUGCAUUUCAGGUAUUAGUCUUGUUAGUAAAUUUUAAAAGCUGACUUUCUGCAUUGUAUAUUCAGUCUAUACAAUGUCAGAGCACCAUGGUCAUUGGGACAGAGUUAUUUUAGAGCAUAAGAAAUUUGUGGUGGUCAGUGCUACAAACCAAUAGGUUAACCAGCAUUAAACCACACUCUACUCACCAAAUAUGAAAAAGUAAAAGCAUCUCAUUAGAUUUGGAAGUGCUUAGUUUAAGCGAUAUGAGAAGUUUGCCUGGUGGAGAGGAGCCUACUGAUUGGUGUGGCUCAUAAUGCCGUUCUUAUAUGAACUGGCAAGAGGCUGAUAUUGAGUUGCCCCUUAAAAACAACCUUCCAAAAUGUAUUUGCUUACUUACCGUGGAAGAGGAAGUGAGAGGGACAAGAUGGAGAGUUUCCCCGAAGUGAAGAGAUUCAUUAUACUAAUUUUCAUCUAAAGUAUGUUUCCUUGUAGCAGACCUUUGGUUAAUUUUAUUAUUAAAUCAAAGCCACCUUCAGUUUUUUUUAUGGUGCCAUCAACCUAAGGAGGACAAUCAAAUAACCAACUGUUUGCCUUGGAUUCAGUGUGUCUGCUAAGUACACAGUCUCAUCUUGUAUACCAGUUACUUGACUAAACUUCUACCAUGUUACCUUAGUUCUUCUAUGCCCUUUCCUCUGUACAACCACAAAUCAGAGGGAAGACUUACCACCAGAAGGAUGUGGACUUCUAAGAAAGAGCAAGGAUUCCAUCUCACUCUCCCUUUAUCAUCACUCUGAAGUCCCUACCCACACUUCCCUGAUUGUCCUGUAGCAACACCAGCAUGGUGGGAAUAGGGAGAAAGAUUGUGGGGUAUCCCAAAAGAGUAAUUGAUCAUGACAUUGUUAUUCAUUUGAAAUGUAAGGUAAAAUUGAGAGCCACUCACGUGCAAAAAGAGCAGAACUCUUAAGCUUUAUCACAUUGUGAAAAUUAAUUUCUUGCUAUUACCUGGAUUAGCACAGAAGCUUGUAUCAAUGAAGAGUAUUUAGGAGGGGAAUAGGGUGUAAAAUGUAUCUGUCUUUUCAAACCCUCUCCCUCUACUCAUGUUUCCUUCAGCCCCUACCACAUUGUGUUGGUCAAAUGAUACUAUUCUAUGAAACCCUGAGCUAUGGUUGUCAAAGUAACUAUGGAAUGUGAUUAGUCCCCUGUGGGUGCUUCUUUCCCUCUAUUUUCUCCCUUGCUUUCUUUCUUAUUCUCUCCACUCUGGUAAAUGGAAAAGGUGACGUCAAAGAAUUGAUGCUUGCUUGGACUCAUGUUGUAUCUGUGACUAUGCUAUUAGCUGUCUCCUUUUUCCUUCUUACAUGGGUAGAAUUCUUAUGAAGUGUGGAGUUCCCUCCUUGAUAAGUAGGUUAAAUGCACAAUGUGGUACUGUUUUAUAGUUUCUAGAUGGUUGUAUAAAGCAAAAAGUUAAUGUGGUUAUGUGUUUUUAAAAGACAAUAAGUGAUUGGUUACAAAACUCUGUCCUUUUUUCAUUAUUACAAGCUCUCUCUGUUUUC